AGAGCUUAGAACUGGCUAGACUACGUCAUUGUUUCCUGCCUGUGAAGAGGACCUAUUUUAGCUAAGUGAAGCUGAUCAGAGAAGAGGAAGUCUAAACUUUCUACAGAUUUGGGACUAGGAAAGGAGGGUCUCCGAAGAAACUCUGUACUGCACAAAAGGGUAUUUAUGGAGGGCAACAACUAUUCCUAAACUCAACUGAAAUAUGAAGCCUGGAAAUCACCACCCUGAAGAAUACAGGAUUGCAUCACUGGUCUUCUACAGUUUUGUAUUCAUAGUGGGAUUGUUGGUGAAUGCCACUGCACUAUGGGUUUUCAGCUGCACUACCAAGAAGAGAACAACUAUAACUGUAUACAUGAUGAAUGUGGCAUUACUUGACAUAAUUUUUAUAUUUUCCUUGCCUUUUCGGAUAAUCUACCAUGGGAGAGAAAUGUGGCCUUUUGGGGAUACAUUCUGUCGGAUUAUCAGCGCUUUCACUGUAUUUUAUCCAGCCAUUGCUCUGUGGUUACUCACUUUUAUAAGUGUAGACAGAUUUAUGGCUAUUGUCCAGCCCAAACAUAUCAAAGAACUGAAAAAUACAAAAAAAGCCAUGCUAGCUUGCACUGGAAUCUGGGUAAUGACACUCGCAACAACGUCCCCAUUGCUGUUUUUACAGUCUGAUCCAGACAAACACUUUAACUUCACCACCUGCAUGAAAUCGCUGGAUAUCAUCCAUUUAAAGGAAGUAAAUACAUUGAACUUUUCUCGCUUGAUUUUUUUCUUUUUGAUUCCCUUGUUUAUCAUGAUAGGGUGUUACCUAGUUAUUAUUUACAACUUCAUUCACGGCAAGACUUCCAAACUGAAGCCUAAGGCCAAAGAGAGAUCCAUAAGAAUUAUAGUAACUCUGAUUGCUCAAGUACUCAUCUGCUUUGUACCCUUCCACAUUUGCUUUGCCCUUCUGAUGCUGCAACAUGAAAAUACAACUUACAACCCCUGGGCAGCCUUCACCACCUUCCUCAUGAAUCUCAGUACGUGCUUGGAUGUUAUAUUGUACUAUAUUGUUUCUAAACAAUUUCAGGCGAGAGUCAUCAGUGUAAUCCUCUAUCGCAAUUACCUUCGCAGUGUGCGCAGGAAAAGUUUUCGAACUGGAAGUGUAAGAUCACUCAGUAAUAUGAACAGUGAACUGAUAUAAAAAGAGAUUAAAAAAAAGUAAGGGGACUUUUAUAAUGUGAACAAGUGAUUCUAUUUCUGAAUUGUAGCAUUUUUGACUACACUGAAGAAUGUUCUAGUGCCAGAAGUAACAGAUAUAUUUGUUGCAACUUUUCAUAUUUGCUCAACUGCCUUUGCAAAUCUGAAAUAAAUGAAAACCUUGUAUAAGUGUUAAACUUUCCAAUGCUUUUGUCAUCUCAAAAGACUGUGAAUAUUGCCAGACAUAACUAUAAUAAACCAUACAACACUGAAAAAUUA